AGUGAAUAUAUAAAAGGAAGGUCCAAUGUGACAACCGUUUCUUUGUGGUAACUUCCUUUCGACGGUGCAAGAUUGAGGCUCCUCGUGGAAAUUCGACACGCCUCAUCUUCUCUUUCGUCGCCAAUAACAUCUUUACACAUAUCAGGUGUUUUGUUCCUCCCUCUGCAACAGUUCAUCUCAAACAAACAGUAUGGGCGACGUUCUGAUCAACCUCGCGAACGAGGCCAUGUGGCAUUCGAGUAAUCACACGAGCAACAACCCUGUCGACGAUAGCAACAGCAGCAUUGACUGGAUCUGGGUCUUGAAGGGUCUUCUUCCCAUGAUCACUAUCGCUCUCGGUUUUGCAACAAGAUCUCUCAUGGAUCACUUCUUUCUGGUGAUGACUACACUGGCCGAGGUCGAGAGCCCAAUUCCUGGCGGCGUCAACUCAGACGACAUGGGAUCAGAGAAGUACGGCCUCCUUGAAGCAAGCAGCUACAAGGACAAGAAAGGGAGAUCAGCCUUCUCCACCGAACCACACUACGUGACCUCGAGUCUCCGUGCAACCAUUCGACUCCUGAGCGCCGAGGCAGGCGAGCUUAGCAUGUUCAGAGGAAUCGGUGCCAAGGUGUGCAUCUACACCUUGAUGAUACCUGUGACCCUCGUGUGCGAAUUUCUUGCAUAUCGUCUGCCAUUCGUCAAAAGCAAUAGCGUUGCUGGAAGCAUCGCAGGUAUCGCCGCUUCUCUCAUCUCAUGCCAGAUGUGGGCUGGGCUUUUGCACAUCAUCAUGUCGAAGCAACAGUUCAAAUUUUGGUUCCGUCGUCUGCCCUUGUCCUGGUUCAGCGUUCUACGCCAGGUUUGGCUCGCUGUUUUGCUCAACUGUCUAUCGGAUGACAUUGUCGAAUGGGCCUUCGGUUACUUUGCUCCUCAUACCGAGCCCGGGGCCCCUAUGGUCAACAGUCCGAACCCAGGAGAGCCUAAGCAAUUCCAAAUGAGCCAUGGCCCUAUGGUCAAAAUCGGUAUUGCCAUCCUUCUUUGGGCUUUCGUCAAAUCCAUGCUGCGCUCGCAGAUCAAGCCCUUGAUCAAGAUGGCCGUCCUGAAGCCCAUUCAAGCCAUUGAGGGUCGCGUCUUGUCAUCCAUGCUCCCCGACGAUGCAGAUCCAAUCAUCCCUAUUGACCGCAGCUUCCAAGGUCGCCCUCAAUCUGGUGGUAUCCUCCAGCAGCAGCCUCAACCCUUAAGCUUCAUGGAAGCCGCUCGCACCAUCAACAAGAAGACGUAUCUCCGACUCCUCAAGCUUGAGAUCAAAAUGCACUUCAUCAGCCAAUUCGCUCAGUGGGCUUUCUGGACACUGCUCUUCGCCCAGGUCAUCUACUUCAUCGGCCCCAGCUCCGUCUGGCUUGUGUUGAAGCUGAUCAUGGGUACCCCGAUAGUUGAGGCAGAUCUAGAGCGCGUGCAGGGCAAUGCAACCAGAGCAUUCUUUGACAGAGUGAUUGCCGAUUCUGCCAACUACACCUCUCCUACAUUUAAUGUGACGUUCCCCUCUAUCGAGUCUGGCAUCUAGUCUACGAGCAGAUACUGAUGGCUCCAAUCACUCACUCCACUGAUUAUUUGCAGAACUGAAAGCACUUAUGCUCGCUGAAAAGUAGAUUAGCUUUCAAUCAUCAAUCGUUCCACUGUCCCAUUUACGUUCACGUAGUUAUCACUGUAGAUAUCUGUCAAC